CAAAGAUUCGGAGGUUUCGGUGUGUCGUUUUGUCAUUGUAUUGAACAGUAUUUUGAAGCUUUUUCUUCAUGCAACUUGAACUUGAAAUUAUGUGUUCUCUUAUGUACUUUCAAGGACGAUGUAAGGUUCCUAUUGGUAUAGAAGAUCGCCGCAUCCCAAGCGGUGCACUGUCUGCCUCUUCAAGUCACAACUCUAGACAUGGCCCAGAUCGCGGGCGGCUCAAUAUGGUUGCUGGUCGUGGUAGGACUGGUGCCUGGUGUGCCCAGAGAAAUAACGCUGGACAAUGGCUGCAGGUAAGUAUACAUUGGUUAACUCUGGUACAACUUUUACAAGUUGACUUUGGUGUCUUGGGUCGCCUAGAGGGCGUGGCUACUCAAGGAAGGCAAGAUGCUCACCAGUGGGUGACGUCAUAUAUUGUGUCAUACAGCAGAAAUGGAAGAACAUUCUUCUCUUACAAGCAGUACGGACGAACAAGGGUGCGUUGAUUUGUCUACAUAAACAUGGGAUGCAUGUGAACUGGUACUGCUCACUCACAUGGGAAUC